GUGCUCCACCGGAAGUGCCCUCUUUCGAGGCGGGGAAGCUUGGCGGAGGCGGUGGGGCUCCCGAGGAGACCUUUGGGCCGAAGCAUGGCUGCCCAGGCUGCCUUCCGCUUCGGAGUCCCUUCGUUUCGUUCUCAGUUAAUCUGGAAUGUUCAGCAUCGAGCAAACCACUGGCAGUCUUCACUCCUUGGACUGAGGGCGGCUCUACCCAUGAGAGCAGAACCAAAGAAAAAGAAGAAGGUGGAUCCAAAGAGAGAACUAGCUAUAAGGGACCGGAUGAGGAAGAAAAUAAAAAAAUUGGAAAAGGCCCCACAAGAAAUGAUUCCUAUUGAAGACUUUAUAACACCAUACAGAUUCAUGGAUCAAACAAGGGUGCGUGCCACCUCUCCUCUAUCAUUUGAGGAGAGUGAAAGGCGAGCACUGCUUCUGAAGAGUUGGGCUCUGUAUAAGCAAAAGCAGCACAAAGCAGAGAUGAAUACAAUCAAGUCCCUGGUGGAUGCCCAAGAAGAAGCAUUAAAAGAACUGCGUCUCGAAUCAGAGGAGCUCUAUCAGGCAGCUAUUCAACGAGAUGAAGGGCUAUUCCCUUUUGAGAGGCAGGAGCCUACCCACUCGCCACCACUGCCUAACUACGAGGCUCCUGAAGGGAAGUGCAAUGACAUCACAAAAGUUUAUACACAGUGACAUGGAAGGUUGCCAAGGGACUGCUGGAAGAUGCUGAAUGCAGACUGGUCACCCACAGUUGCAUGGCCUGUAUGAGGUUGUUUGACAAACCAUGCCUGAAGCAAACAAGAACUGAUGGGGGGGGUCAUCUUAGAGUAGGGUAUAUUCUACACACUGUAAUCCUAUUCUUUCUGGACAAAGAAUUUCCUUUCUGGUUCAUAGAUGUCAAUUUGGGAUACUACCAUUUUGUUUGGGUUUUGUAAUUUCAUUCAGGUCGCUUGUGUUAUCCUAAUAACCAUUCCUAGUUGUUUCAUUACCCUUGAACAUGUUUUGGGAAACUACAUUCAGUGCUUUCUUUGCCCCCCCCCCCCCCCCCGGCCCCGUCUCUAAUACAGAUUUUCUAAGAGACUGCAUAUGAGAAGCAUUUUUUUAUAAAACCUGAAAAGAAUGUUUCCUAAGAAUGUGAGUGCUCAUUUUGAAGGAGCUGGCUGCUUUACUUUCCCUGCUUUGGGGGACAGAUGGAGUCUUCAAAAUGGAAUCAUCACUUCACUGUUUUUACCACAGAGAAACCUACUCACUCCUUUCUCCUCUUGAAAGGCUGUGGCCGCUGCUUCUGAACAACCGAUUUGCCAUUUGAAAGCGCAGAUCCAUUAGGUCUCUGAGCAGCUGUGAUGUAUCUCCAUCCUGCAUUUGGAGGAGCUAGACAAUUUGAAGGGUCUCUUUUUAGAGCCAUCUUCAUCCUGUUAGUUUCCAAUGUGGGGAAAUUGUGCUUCCUUAGCUAGUGAUGAGAAAUGCUAGAGUUAAGUAAAACAAUAUCUGGAGGGCCACAGUGUCUCCUGCUCUAGCGGAAGGGCAUUUUUCCAGUUGUUGGCCAAUACAGGGACACGCAGCUCCACUUCUACAGGUUCCCUCUCACACAGCCUCUUUGUCACAUAAUGGGUUGGCAACAUGUGACCUUCCAGAUAUUAAACUCUGAGCGCCCAUCACUUUGAAACAUUUCUAAAGUAAUAGUUGUGUGUCCAAAUGGACCCCCAGUCCAAUAGACAAGUGAACACAUAAGAUUUGAUCGGUGAACCACAUUAUCAUCAAUGCUGUUUUAAUGCCUUCAAGUUACUGUAAGCCCAAAAUAAAAUGGUAUCCAAAUACA